UCUGGAUACAAUACUAUAUCUUCUUCAGGAUAUAGAUAGCUGCAUAAAAUCGAACCCAUUUAUUUCAUACUUCAAUAUUUGCUUCAAUAUCAGGAGGGGGAAAAAAUACCUAGGAGUGUGAUGUCCGAUUUAAAUCGAAUUCGAGUAAAGGUUGACAAGUACCAGGCCCGGUUUGUGGCUUUGUCUGCCAGCUCUGUUAAUGAAGAUCGUCUUAAUGAUGGAGGGCGCGUGCUGCUACCCCCAGCAGCCCUGCAAAAGAUUUCGAGUCUUUCCAUGGUCUAUCCCCUACAGUUCAUGAUCACCGCUCAUCGACAAAAGCCCCUGUACGCAGCCGUCCUGGAGUUUAACGCAGAGAUGGGAAGUAUCGUCCUACCAGACUGGAUGUUUCAACAGCUCAAGCUGAGGCCUGGAGCCAUGGUACGUGUGGAAACCUGCAACUUGGAGGAGGGAAAUCUUGUCAAGUUGCAACCUCACAAAAAAGCCUUUGUGAUGCUGCAGGACCCGCGACGCGUCUUGGAGAUGCGUAUUAACAAGUAUCCCAUUCUAACAAAAGGCUCUACAAUUGUCAUUCACUAUGCCAAGCAAGAUUUUCUUAUAAACGUUGUAGACUUGCUCAAUCCAGAAGGGAAGUCAGUCGAGGCGGUACUAGCCGCACGGGCAGAUGCAGGAGCCACGGAAUUGAAGGUUGAGUUUGAGCGGCCAUUAGACAUGCCCGACUCGCCGACGGAAGACUCAUCUUCGCCAACAUUUCCAACAGGCAACAACGUAAUCGGGGCCAGCCAAGGCUGGGGCACAGUGCAGUUCAAACCGUUUGACUACAAGUCUCCGUCGCUAAACUCAACAUCGCAGACCCAGAAGACAGAAUCAUCUUCCGGACAGGGUGCAAACCUCACUACAAAAGGCUCGAACGAAAAAGAUGGCGGUUGCAGUGAGAGUAAACCUACUUUUAUGCCCUUCUCAGGUACCGGGCGCGUGCUGAGCUCUUCCAACAGUGGCAACCAACCCAAAUCUGCCCAGGCAGCGGUUCCAAACUCCAAAGAGUUUGUUGAUGUGCGUGAAAAAAGACUACAGGCCCUUCUUGGUACGAAAUAAUUCACCUUAAAUAUUUUGCUGUUGGUGCGCCUUUUGUGUUCAGCUUUUUCUCUCCAGAAAAAUUGAUCGAUGAUCACUCGUUCUGCCUAUGCGUGCUACGCCCAUUUAUCAAGAACCUCACUGAAGCACUUCACGAUAAAAUAAAGCAACAGUUCAACAAGCAAACGGAUGGCAUAAGAAAUACGAAAAA